AGAAUUCAAAAGGGCGGCCUUCGCUCCACAGCGAGCAGGAUGGAUUUGUGAAGGAGGGAAGAAUCUUUGAGGAAUCUUUCGCCGUGCAUGGAAACGCAAGGCCAUCCAACAAUCCAAAGCUUGCAGAACCCUCUAACGAACCUUAUCGAACGGCCCAGCUCAGCUUUACAGUCUGGUCUCACUAAUGAACAUAACUCUGCCGAUUCAUUGAAUGGAUUGCGAUCAGAGACGAGCCCCGAGGGGCUCGGGAAGCGAGUAAGGCGUUUAUCACACAAGUACGACGAUUUUGAACAACAAACAGUGCGAGGAAUGACUCAACCACCAACAACCGGCCAAGAGCCAAAAGUUUAUCGAACUACAAACCAACUCCAGUAUUUGUCGAAAACAAUCAUGAAGGCGAUGUGGAGGCAUCCAUAUUCCUGGCCGUUUCACGAACCUGUGGACGCUGUGAAAUUGAAUUUGCCGGAUUACUACACGAUCAUAAAACGUCCCAUGGACAUGGGUCAGAUCAAGAGAAAGCUAGAAAACCUCGAGUAUUCCUGCAGUCAAGAGUGUAUAGAUGAUUUUCGCCUAGUGUUCAACAACUGCAUCACCUAUAAUAAACCAGGAGAGGAUGUAGUCCUCAUGUGCCAGACACUGGAGAAAGUGUUUAACCAGAAACUCGCUACCAUGCCUGCUGAGGAAUUCGAAAUUAUCCUAGGACCCAACAAAAAGGCUAUGCCUGGUGGACCUGGAGCAAAAAGAGCCAAGAAGGGUGGUGUGACAUCAGUUAAAAUGGAGCACAUUCCAGUUGCUCCAGACAGUACUCCAAUGACAAGUUUGCCGUAUGCCACCCCACCCGUGUCGGUAACUGCAACUACAGCACUUCCAACUCCCGUGGAUGCAACUACUGUACUACCCUCCCCUGGUAUUUUGGCUGCUCCUGCUUUACCUUCGGCUGUUCAGCCUGCCAAGGUCAAGAAGGGGGUAAAGAGAAAGGCUGAUACUACGACUCCAACAACUCCUGUUAGUGGAAUGGGUGAUCCCAUGCCCUCUGUCAAGGCAAAAGCAGCUAAAAUACCAACUCGAAGAGAGUCUACUAGAACGGUGAAAAAACCAAAUAGAGAUUUGCCCGAAGAGCCACAAGUGUCUCGUGGCAAAAAGAAACCAUUGUCUGAGCAGCUUAAAUACUGCAGUAACAUUAUAAAGGAACUGUUUUCCAAGAAACAUGCUGCAUAUGCAUGGCCAUUUUACAAGCCUGUUGAUGCUUCUACUCUUGGAUUACAUGAUUACCAUGAUAUAAUUAAGCAACCAAUGGAUAUGGGCACAAUUAAAGUAAAAAUGGAUGCAAGAGAGUACAAUUCUUCAUCUGAAUUUGCUGCUGAUGUUCGGCUCAUGUUCAGUAACUGCUACAGAUACAAUCCUCCUGACCAUGAUGUUGUUAAAAUGGCAAGACAACUGCAGGAUGUGUUUGAAAUGAAAUUUGCCAAAAUGCCUGAGGAACCUGAACUUCCUCCUCCGCCAAUGAUAGAACCUCCUGAACCAGAACCAGAGUCUGCGGCAACCCCACCAUCAUCUUCACCACCAUCUGAGGAUAAUGAGGCCGACAGAGCUGAACAACUUUCUCAGCUUCAACAACAGCUCAUAUCAGUUCAUGAACAACUGAGCAAACUUACAGGGGAAACUGUUAUUGUGACAAACAAGACAAAGAAAAAACCAGAGAAAAAACCUCCAAAGAAAGAAACCAAACAGGUGGCCCCGCCACAGCCAAAAAGUCAACCUAAACAGAAAUCCGCAGCCAAAGCUCAAGCAGCCCAAGCUCAACCUAAAGCAGAAAAGCCAGCUAAGAAACAGUCGGCAUCAAAAAGAUCUGCAAAUAGCAAGAUGGCUGCUAAAAAGAAAACAUUAGAAGUGGAUAGUGAUGAUGAAGAAGAUACUGCAAGACCCAUGACGUACGAUGAAAAAAGGCAACUUAGCCUGGAUAUCAACAAGCUUCCCGGUGACAAGUUAGGAAGAGUGGUGAACAUCAUCCAGUCCAGGGAACCUGGUCUGAGGGACUCGAACCCAGAUGAAAUAGAAAUAGACUUUGAAACGCUCAAACCUUCAACACUGAGGGAAUUGGAAAAAUAUGUUCAGCAGUGUUUGAGAAAAAAGGUUAAACCUCAAACAAAGAAGGCCAAGAAUGCUGAAGAACGAGAAAUGGAGCAAGCAAAAAAGAAGGAGGAGCUUGAAAGACGACUUCAGGAUGUAAGUGGCAAGCUUGGAGGCACAGGGCAAAAGAAACAGACCAAGAAAGAUUCACAACGUGCUGAUCAUUCUGUCGUGGAUGUUGUAGGCAGUGAGCCUCGGCCAUCAAGACUAAGUGAAAGCAGCAGCAGUAGUGGUAGUGGCACAAGCAGUAGUUCUGAUUCAAGUUCAAGCUCUGGCUCAUCUAGUUCAGCAAGCAGCUCUGACUCAGAAUCAGAGUCUGGUGGUGUGAGCCACAAGACUUCUCACAGUACUGGAAAGAACAAGUCUGCUGGUCACACAUCCAAGGCGACACCAACGCCGUCCAAACCAGUAGCAAGUCAUGUGACCCAGCCUGUUGUGCCACCCCCCAAGCCUACUCCAGUACCAAAGCCUCAGGAGAAACCUGCUGUGGCCAGUGCUGUGUCAACCACUUCUCCCACACCAGCAACAAGUCAUCCCCCUGCAGCAACUGUGGCACCUCCUAAACCUUCUAGAGUUGGUCCGACAAGCAUCCCUUCAGCACUGUCAAAGUUGACAGCUAAACCUGCAGUUUCUACAGCACUCAAGCCUACACCCACCAGCACCACCACGACACCCAAGCAGUCAGUCUCAUCAUUUGCAAGGACAGCAGUGACAACAAAGGCUACUGCACCAGUCACACCAGUCAGUACCACAACAGCUACUGGGCUGCUCAAGGAUAGAGCACCUACUGCUGCUGCCACUGCAGCUCCAGCAGAAAAAAAAUCAGCAACUUCACGAUCAGGAUCUAGUGGUUUGACAUUCACUGUAGGAGAGUUACCAGGUUCUCUUGCCUCUAUUGGGCAAAGGAAUGAAAAUCAAGCUACAAAGAAGGAUUUGGCCCCCAAGGCAAUUCGUCAAGUACCGUCUUGGUCCAGUUUGAGUAGUUCAGGUUCAUCUCUGUCCCGUCCUGUGUCAUCUGCAAGCAGCUUUGAAAAGUUUCGUCAGCAAGCAAGGGACAAGGAGGAACGGGAGAAAAACUUGAAAGCUGAAGAGGAACAGAGACGCCAACAACAGGAACGAGCAGAAAUUGAAAAGUUGCGCCAAGCUGAGGAAAGAAAAAGGGAAAAAGAAGAAGAUGAUGCUUUGGAGCAAGCUAGGCAAAAUAAAGAGCAAGAGCAUGCCAAGCAAGUGGAGAAGAUGAAGAGAGAACGAAUGAGAGAAGCUGAACGGCGCAAAAGAGAAGCUCUGGCUGGAACAAUUGAUAUGAACCAACAAAGUGACAUUAUGGCAGAGUUUGAAGGAACAAUGAGCUGAAGUUGUGUUCAAAGAGAGAAUUGACCAUAUUGCGCCAUUGCGGGCAACUGAAUUGUCAUUGCAGCCACAUUCUUAAUUGGAUAAAGGAUGCAGAAAGCAAGUGUUCAUGUACUAAGCCCCCAGCAGUCAACACUUCUACAACUAAUUAAGGACCACAGGUUCAAGAUAUCCCAUGAGCUGGCAUUUAUAGAAGAUCUAAUGAACCUAAAAGUUUGAAUGAAUGAACAAUUUUUACCUUAUUUAUAGCUUUUAUAUGUUCCUGAUUGCAUUGAUCCUAACAAAGGAGUUUUUUCAAAGACCUUAUAAUACUGAAUUCUGCCAUAGCUGAUUAAAAAGUGUCAGAAGAAAGAAAGCAAACCAUUUUCACUGUAACUGUCUGUUACUGAGAGAUCUUGUUAAUACUGACUAACAACAGAAAGGUGUUAGUGGUAGAGGAGUGAAUUUAUUGUUUUGUGUGUAUUGUUAGAAAUUACAAGGUAAUUCUUUGUCUUGUGUUCCUGUAAUUUGACAAGUUUUAAUAAGAAGGAGUGGAUGCACUAAUGAUAGCUGGAUUAUCUACAUUUUUUACUCUUUUUUUGUAGUUUAAAACAAUGUUUAGUAGAGGACUUAAAGAUAAUAUUAAACUGUUAAAUUUUUGAUGAUUAAGAGUUAGAUUAGAAGCAACCUUGUGUUUUCUGUUAAAUAUUCCGUAGACAAUACUUGUUCAAAAUAAUGUAAUUUCAAAUAUAUUACCUACAUCCAUAAGCUUUUCAUUGGGUUUACUCUCGUGCUUCUAGAAUGUUUUGGCUUGGCCUUGUGUACUUAUAUAUCCUACGCAAUGAAUGUGAUUGUUUCUGAUAGUUGCUUGGAUGGCUUCAGUUAUAGUCAAGUUAACUUCAGUGUUGUAAAAUUCUGGCAGAAUCACAGAAUUCAAAAUAACUUCAUAAUUAACAGAAAAAUUGUCUACCCCAAUAGACAGCAUUUUAGCUUGAAGCUAGUGAAUAUGUUUGACACUCUGCAACAGCAAACAAAAAUUAAAAAAAAAAGAAAAAGCAAAAAAAUUUACAAGUUAGAGGAGAUAAGAAAAUAAGAAAAAAUGUCACAAAUACAGUAAUUACUUGUCCCGUCAGAAUUGCAGUUCGUGAUGGUUGUAGUUAAUGUAAAUGUACACUUAAUGCAAAACUAC